AUGCUGCUGGACGCCGGCCCGCAGUUCCCGGCCCUCGGCGUGGGCACCUUCGCCCGGCACCACCACUCGGCCGCGGCGGAGAUGCAGGACCGGGAGCUGAGCCUGGCGGCGCAGAACAGCUUCGUGGACUCGGCGGCGGCGGCGGCGCACAUGGGCGCCUUCAAGCUCAACGCCGGGGCCCACGACCUCUCCCCCGGGCAGAGCUCGGCGUUCACCUCGCAGGCGCCCGGCUACCCCGCCGCCGCCCUGGGGCCCCACGCCGCCCACGUCGGCUCCUACUCCGGGGCGCCCUUCAACUCCACCCGGGACUUCUUGUUUCGAAGCCGCGGCUUCGGGGACUCGUCGCCGGCCGGCGGGCAGCACGGCAUCUUCGGCCCUGCGGCCGGCAGCCUGCACCACCCGCACACGGACGCUCAGAGCCACCUCCUCUUCCCGGGCAUCCACGACCAGCACGGCCCCCACGCCUCCCAAAACGUCCUCAACGGGCAGAUGCGCCUGGGCUUGCCGGGGGAGGUGUUCGCCCGGUCGGAUCAGUACCGCCAGGUCUCCAGCCCCAGGACUGACCCUUACUCGGCGGCUCAACUGCACAACCAGUACGGCCCCAUGAAUAUGAAUAUGGGCAUGAACAUGGCAGCCCACCACCACCAUCACCCAGGUGCCUUUUUCCGCUACAUGCGGCAGCAGUGCAUCAAGCAAGAGCUCAUCUGCAAGUGGAUCGACCCCGAGCAGCUGAACAACCCCAAAAAAAGUUGCAAUAAAACUUUCAGCACCAUGCACGAGUUGGUCACCCACGUCUCGGUGGAGCACGUUGGGGGACCCGAGCAGAGCAACCAUGUCUGCUACUGGGAGGAGUGUCCCCGGGAAGGCAAGCCCUUCAAAGCGAAAUACAAACUGGUCAAUCACAUCCGAGUGCACACGGGAGAGAAACCCUUCCCCUGCCCCUUCCCCGGCUGCGGAAAAGUUUUCGCCAGAUCAGAAAACCUCAAAAUUCACAAAAGGACGCACACAGGGGAGAAGCCCUUCCAGUGCGAGUUUGAAGGCUGCGACCGGCGCUUCGCCAACAGCAGCGACCGCAAGAAGCACAUGCACGUCCACACCUCGGACAAGCCCUACCUGUGCAAGAUGUGCGACAAGUCCUACACCCACCCCAGCUCCCUGCGGAAGCACAUGAAGGUGCACGAGUCGUCCCCGCAAGGCUCCGAGUCCUCCCCGGCCGCCAGCUCCGGCUACGAGUCCUCCACCCCCCCGGGGCUGGUGUCCCCCAGCGCCGAGUCGCAGAGCACCAGCAACCUCUCCCCGGCGGCGGCGGCGGCGGCGGCGGCAGCGGCGGCGGCCGUGUCCGCCGUGCACCGGGGCGGCGGCGGCGGCGGCAGCGGCGGGGGCGGCGGCGGCGGCCACAGCGGCCUCUCCUCCAACUUCAACGAGUGGUACGUGUAG